AUGUCAGUCCCUAGGCCAAGCUUUUGGAGGGUCCUCUCCGACACCUGGCGCAUACUGAGCUCCAAUCCCCUCCAUUUCGCAGCCCUAUCACUCCUUUUCAUCUUCCCCAUCUCGCUGUUUAACGUCAUCCACACUUUGAUUUUGCCGCCAUCUCCCUCUCCACUUUCUCACUAUCGCCGCCUCCUCUCCACUGAAAUCCCCUCCUUGGACAAAUCCCAAAUCCUCUACUUGGUAGCUCUCCUCAUCUUCAACCUCUGCUCCGUCGCUUCCGUCACCCACAGCAUCUUCCAUGGCUUCAACGGCAAGCCCAUCAAACUCGCCGCCUCCCUCAAAUCCAUCCUCUCCUCCUUCCUCCCUCUCCUCGCCACCAAGAUCGUCUACUUAAUCAUCUUCGCGGCUAUUACCUUCGGCUACGGAAUCUGCAUAGGUUUCGUUUUCCUGGGUUUGUUUUUUCUAGGGUUCGAUGUCGAGCCCAGCAGCAAAUCCUCCAUGGCCGUCGUUAUCGUCACGAUGAUCCCGUUUCUCGCACUCUUCUUCUACUUGGGCAUAAAGUGGUAUCUGGCGUGGUCUAUAGUCGUCGUCGAAUCCAAGUACGGCUUCGCGCCAUUCAAGAGGAGCUCGAAUCUGGUGAAGGGGGCGAAGCUGGUGGCCUUGUUGAUGAUCUUGGUGUUGGCGAUUCUGCAGAUGAUUUUGUCGGGAUGGUUCUCUGCUUUGGGCGGCGGGAGAGGAUGCAGCGGCGGCGUGGUUGUGCAAUUGGUGGCUUACGCUGUGUUGAGUAGCGUGGUGGCGCUCUUUGGCUUGGCUGCAGACACGGUGUUGCUGGUCCAUUGCAAAGAGUUUAAUAAUGAGAAUGGGGAAUUGGAGUUUGUGAGUGAUGAGAAGAAGUUAGGGCAGGUUUAUGUCCCGUUGCCUGUUGACGAGGUCGUCUAG